AUGGGGAGCUCAUCAAGUGCACCACCAAAGAAAACACAAGCACAAGCGCAAGCAAACACGUCCGUCAAAACUGCAAACACUAAAAAGAUGAUUCCGGAUAAUUACCAAACAAUGGAAGAGCUUCAACAAGGCCUGCGUGACGCCGGCCUUGAAUCUUCGAAUUUAGUCUUGGGAAUUGAUUACACUAAAAGCAACACAUGGACUGGUACACAUUCUUUUGGUGGUCAAUGUCUUCACGCGAUCAAUCCAGCAGUGAACAAUUAUAAUCCAUACCAAAAGGUUAUCAGCAUUAUUGGGAGAACACUCGAACCAUUUGAUGACGACCAUUUAAUACCAGUGUAUGGCUUCGGUGACAUUUCCACAACAAACAAAUCGGUUUUUUCGUUCAUGGCAAACGACGCACCGUGUAAUGGGUUUGGCCAUGUCUUGCAGAGAUACAACGAAAUAACACCGGCAGUACAGAUGAGUGGUCCGACGAACUUUGCACCACUGAUAUACAAAACGAUUGAUAUUGUAAAGAGAACACAAGCGUAUCACAUCCUUGUUAUUAUCGCAGAUGGACAAGUCGAUAACGAAAAGGCGACAAAAACGGCAAUUGAGGAAGCUUCGAAGUAUCCCAUUUCAAUCAUCUGUGUUGGUGUUGGAGAUGGUCCGUUUGACAAAAUGGAGACGUUUGAUGAUGACAUCGGAAACAGCAAAUUUGACAAUUUCAACUUUGUCAAUUUCAACACGGUAAUUGGGCCGCGUGUCGAGAACCCCGAGAUCACAUUCUCUGUUGCCGCGUUACAGGAAGUCCCCAUUCAAUACAUGUGUUGCAAGAAUUUGGGGUAUUUCUAA